UCUUUAUUCAAAGGCGUGUUUGUGCACCGUUAUCGUGACGUCCAUGCUGAUGUCCGCGCUCUGUGCAUAGCAGAACUUGGAAUCUGGAUCAAAAGCUACCCCCAUUCCUUUUUGAAUGACAGCUAUUUGAAGUAUUUAGGAUGGAAUUUGCAUGACAAGCAAGGACACGUCAGAUUGCAGUGCAUACGCUGCUUGCAGGAACUGUACGCUGUCCCAGGCCAUGGUGGAAAAGUGGAGCUUUUUACGAAUAGGUUUAAGGACAGAAUAUUGUCAAUGGUUGAAGACAAAGAGCCACAGGUUGCCGCAGAAUCAGUAAAGCUGAUUAGUCUGAUCUACAUGAACAUGGAGAAUAUUUUCAGUGCUGACGAUUGUGCAAGUGUUGACAACCUGGUGUAUACCACCAACCGUUUCAUAGCAUCUGCAGCAGGGGACUUCCUGUACAAGAGGUUUCUGAGAGUUGACCUGGAGGAGCUUAGUCCGAAGAGGAGGAAUCGUCAUGAUGCAGAUGCAAUAUUUUUUCAGAGA